AUGUUAAUAUUGUUUUUUCUUCAUCGAUUUUUAGCGUCUUUCUAUGUAAAAGAAAGCUAUGCUGAAUCAAAAACAUCAAAAUUGCUGAUAGCUACUGGUAUUUCACCAAAGCCUUGUAAAACAUCUAUUGGUGAUUAUGUGAAUUUGCAAAGCUUUUUAAAUAAAUUGCAAUAUUCAGAAUUAAAAGGUUACGAAUCAGAAUUUAAUGCUAUACAAGUAGAUAGAGAAAUGAACGGACCUUGGAAUAAGGUAGCUUUGAUAAAAAAAUUAUUGAAAGAAAGGCAAAAUGAAUGGAUCAUGUGGGUAGAUUCAGAUGCUCUGAUUGUUAAUAUGUCUUUUGAUAUACCAUUUGAUAGGUAUGUAGGUUAUAAUUUGGUAAUUUGGGGAUUAGAUGAUUUAUUAUAUAAAAAAGGAGAUCCAUUCAAUGGAAUAAAUACAGGCGUGUUUUUAAUAAGAAAUUGUGAUUGGUCCAGAGAAUUCAUUGAAUUGAUAGAUUCAUUUGGUAAAAAAGAUGGAAGAAUAAAAGAAGAUUUGCUAGAAAAAUAUUUAAACAAGUAUUUAUGGGGUCUUUUUGAGCAAAAUGCUUUCUGUUAUGUCCUUAAAAAUUAUGAAAUAUAUAAGAACAAGACUUUUUUAGAAACUACUUAUGAUUUGAAUGGGUUCUGGAAGCAAGCUUUUCAUAAAUUAGAAUGGAAUCCUUUUAUUUUACAUUUUGCAGGAUGUCAGUUCUGCAGCGGAAGUAAUAAUUCUUUGGAUGUUUGUCUAGAAAAAUGGAACUAUUUUAAUAGAAAGGCUAAUGAAACCUAUGAAGCAAUAAAAAUUUAA